CCCAUGUUUCUUCCGGCUGUCACACGUCUAGAAAACGCUUGGUGAUCUUUUUAAAAACUAAAGCAUUAAUGCGAAAUUUCUCGCAAAGCUCGGAAGAGAAGUGUUCGAGAAGGUCGAAGUGGCUGACAUGGUAGAAGAAGCACAUAAACAGAAUGCUAUGAAGCCAGCAACUAUUUACAAAUGGGUGAAAGGGUUUCAAGAAGGAAGAGAAAACGUGGAAGAUCAACACCGUUUUCAGUAUCGUCCGUAUCGAAGUGAAAGCAGUCACAGUUCAAAUUGUCGUAAAGAUUUAAACAAUCCGUUGGAACGAGGAAACGUUCUUUUCGUACGAGAACGCGGUCGAAGAGAGAUAAAGUUGUUCUUGGAUAGAAGGAUAAUUAAAAUAAUUUGUAUACAUCGUCGUCGUUGCGCUAUUCGUCAUCUGGUAUGGAACGUAAUAAGGUUCCGUUGUUGCAAGCGAUCCUUCAGCGAAUGGUAUCCUGAGGAAAGAGUUGCCGGUAUAUUGAAAUUAGCUUCUCAAGGAAACAGUAAACUGACCUUAUUUCAUGAAUUCUUUUCUUCGGGGCAAAAUCGAAAGCCACAAAGCGAAGAUACACUUUCAGCGAAACAACUUCUUUGUUAACUUUCCAAGUUAAUUCGUACGAAAUGGGUUUUCUGAUUCAGCAGUCAUUCCGUAUGUCAGCCAAUUAUAUAAGUAUUACGUACAUUGACAUACAAUAGCAAUUGUACAAAAUUAUUAUAUACGUAUACGUAUAUAUGGAUAUCAAAGCAAGAUAACGAGUCUGUCACACUUUUAUAUUG